AGUCUUCCUAGUCCUGGCAGAGUACAUUGCAAGUCAAUAUUAGAGUUGGGAAAAGUUGAUUCAAAUUGAGUUCCUGCGUGAAAAACGUAGUGGAAAGUUUGCUUAGCCUUGGCCUUCCUAUCCCUAAUGAUAAUGGCUGAAAGAGAUGAACCUGUUGAGCCUUGUGAAAUGGAAGACAAAUUCAAUUAGAUCCUCUCCAUCCAUCCAUCCAUUAAUCCAUCCUCUCCAUUCUUUGCAUCUCCUUGGUCAGCCGGUUGGAGAACUGGCGUGAAGAGCCCAUGGGAUGUCGAGGUUAUUGCCUGGUGUUGGUCGUCCAGGGGGACCAAUAUCAUCCGUGUCGGGGGUUCGAGCUCGGAGCAUUAGCUACAAAGGCCUAGGCCGUGGAAAGGCCAAACGACCUUCGGGACAAGGAUUCACGGCCAAGACUGGGACCGGUCAAUCAUCGGGCUCUUCGUUUGACAUUUUGGUUGCGUCCUUGUAUGUGGCUAACAUGACAGAUGUCUUGGAAGCGGCCUCCGGGGCCGCCAAGAUGUUCUUGGAAAUCAACAAGAUCAGCAUCGAUAACACCACGUUCAAGUUGUUUUACCGUGGAACCACAACGAUGUUGGUGCUGGCUUCAGUGUUUGCCAGUGCCAAGCAGAUGUUUGGUGAUCCCAUCAGCUGUGAAAUACAUCUUGGUCGAGGCAUCAAGGAUGAUGUGCUCAACUCGUAUUGUUGGAUGUACUCCACAUUCAACUUGCCUCCGUCAUUUCGAGGCUCGUGUGCCAGAACAGUCCGAAACAAUCGAACCCGUUUAUACAACACUUACUAUCAGUGGGUCCCCAUGUUCUUUGGGUUUUGUGCCUUACUGGCGUGUGUUCCGCGCCUGAUUUGGCUGAUGUGCGAGGGCGGUUUAAUGAGUUUCCUCACCAAAGGGACCGGAUCCAAAUUGGUGGAACACUCCCGAGAGAAACAAGAAAUCCUUCUGGAUGCCUUCACCAAGCAUCUCAAGAAUCGUUAUAACUGCUAUGCGCUCACCUUCUUCAUAUGCGAAACGCUCAAUCUGGUUGUGCUCUGUAUGAUAUUCUACCUCACCGACGAAUUCCUUCAGAAUCAGUUUGCUCUCUACGGGCCUACCGUGCUCAGCUAUUACUAUCUGAUCCCUGCUGAGGAGAAAGACCUGGCGUGGGCCUCUAAUCCCAUGUGUGAGGCCUUUCCACGUGUGGCUGCCUGUGACUUCAUUCGUUAUGGCACCGGGGGACUUCGCGAGAACCAAAACGCGAUCUGUGUCCUUAAUCUGAACAUGAUUAACGACAAGUUGUUUCUAGUGAUUUGGUUUUGGUACGCUUUCCUACUGGGUUGCAUUGUCAAACGGUUCAUGUCUCGUCUAAUUCAGAUCGUGUGGCCACGGUUCAGAUUCUAUAAACUUCAUAUGAGAAUUCACCGUUACAUAGAUUCCAAGACCAAAGUUAGGCAUCUGGAGGCCUACAUUCGCCAAGCUGGAAUUGGCGAUUGGUUCGUUUUGUAUCAAAUGAGUUAUAACAUGAACAGAAGAUUUUAUACAAAUUUCUUGAUGACUUUAAUUCAACGUGAAUGCCCAUGUCCGCCCGAAAUCAAGAUUUGUGAAAUAGAAGACAAUGAAAAGGCCAAUGCGAUGUACAACACGGAGGAAUCAGAAGAAUGUGAUCAAGCUGAGAGUGGCAUAGACAGAUUGACUCCAUUACCACCCAUCCAAUCGAUUAAAGAUUUCAAAGCCAAGUACAAUCGGAAAUUCUCGGCAGUUUCGGCGCAAUCGGAGUGUAUCGAUUUAAGUUGUCCGGCCGAUUCAGAUUACGACGAUUGACCCAGACAUGUGAAAAUGCUCAAGAAGGAAAUCUCAUAUCGCUACGAAUAAACCAAACAUAUCAAAUGAUCAAUCGGAAACUC